UAACCUCACUGAAAGGCGUAACAUAAAUCCUUAUCCCAUCUCUGUCCUUCUCUAUCUCGUCUCUCACUUCACCUUCUCUCUCUCAGCACGCUAUAAGCUUCUUCCUCUGCAACUACGAGCUCCGUUAAUGGCGUCUCAGAUCUAAACUAAGCAAUCUAGAAAAAAUUCUCUUAUUUUUUGCGGUUUUUGUAAGUUUGUACUGCUCUCUGAUAACGACAAUAAAUCAACCAUUUCUGUUCUCGCGCUCGUCGAUUAUUCAAAUCUUGGGGUUUUUUCUUCGAGUAAUCAUUAAUGCAGAAGAGAAUGGCGGUGUCGUUCCCCGAGGAGGUGCUGGAGCACGUGUUCUCGUUCAUUCGGACGGACAAGGACAGGAACUCGAUAUCGCUGGUGUGCAAGUCGUGGUACGAGGUCGAGCGCUGGUGCAGGAGGAGGAUAUUUGUGGGGAACUGUUACGCGGUGAACCCUAGGAUGGUGAUUAGACGGUUCCCGGAGGUGAGAUCCGUGGAGCUCAAAGGAAAGCCGCACUUCGCGGACUUCAACCUCGUGCCUGAAGGUUGGGGCGGGUACGUCUACCCGUGGAUCCUGGCCAUGGCUACGGCGUACCCGUGGCUUGAGGAGAUACGUUUGAAGAGGAUGGUUGUCACCGAUGAGAGUCUGGAGCUGAUCGCCAAGUCGUUUAAGAACUUCAAGGUCCUUGUGCUCUGUUCCUGUGAUGGCUUCUCAACUGAUGGGCUAGCUGCCAUUGCUGCUAAUUGCGGAAAUCUCAAAGAGCUUGACUUGCGGGAGUGUGAUGUGGAUGAUUUGAGUGGACAUUGGCUCAGCCAAUUUCCAGAGACAUGCACAUCUCUGGUGUCCAUUAAUAUCUCUUGCCUGAGCUCCGAGGUUAGUUUCUCAGCCUUGGACCGUCUGGUGGGCAGGUGCCCCAAUCUAAGGACUCUCCGGCUCAAUCGCGCUGUGCCUCUAGAUAGGCUUGCUAGUCUACUUCGUCGGGCACCUCAACUGGUUGAGUUGGGCACGGGUGCUUAUUCUGUUGAUGCUGCUGAGCUGCGGCCAGAUGUCUUCACAAAGUUAGCUGGAGCUUUCUCGGGAUGCAAGAAAUUGAAGAGCUUGUCCGGGUUUUGGGAUGUUGUCCCAGGUUACCUCCCAGCAGUUUAUUCUGUCUGCUCUGGAAUAACAUCAUUAAACUUGAGUUAUGCCACUAUCCAAAGCCCUGAUCUUAUCAAGCUUGUUAGCCAGUGCCCAAAUUUGCAGCGCCUUUUGGUGUUUGAUUACAUAGAAGACAGUGGCCUCGAGGCUCUUGCAGCUUGCUGCAAGGACCUUCAAGAAUUGAGGGUGUUUCCAUCUGCUCCUUUCGCUGCAGGGCCAAAUGUAGCCUUAACAGAACAGGGUCUUGUCUCUGUGUCUGAGGGCUGUCCUAAGCUCCAGUCAGUCCUGUACUUCUGCCGCCAAAUGACAAAUGCUGCCCUAGUUACUAUUGCGAAGAACAGCCCAAACUUGACACGGUUUCGUCUUUGUAUUAUUGAACCACGAACCCCUGAUUAUCUAACCCUCGAGCCACUCGAUGUGGGUUUUGGAGCCAUUGUUGAACACUGCAAGGAUCUCCGGCGCCUAUCCCUUUCUGGUCUCCUUACAGACCGUGUUUUUGAAUAUAUUGGGACUUGGGCAAAAAAGCUAGAGAUGUUAUCUGUGGCUUUUGCUGGAGAUAGCGAUCAAGGCCUCCAUCAUGUGCUAUCUGGGUGUGACAGUCUACGGAAGCUAGAAAUCAGGGACUGCCCAUUUGGAGACAAGGCUCUUUUGGCCAAUGCUGCAAAGCUGGAGACAAUGCGAUCCCUUUGGAUGUCUUCUUGCUCUGUGAGUUUCGGAGCAUGUAAGCUGCUUGGUCGGAAAAUGCCGCGACUCAAUGUAGAAGUUAUUGAUGAACAGGAAUCUCCAGACGCGAGGCCAGAAAGCUGUCCUGUUGAGAAGCUCUACAUAUAUAGAACAGUUGCAGGACCAAGAUUCGAUAUGCCUGCAUUUGUUUGGACCAUGGAUGAAGAAUCCGCAUUGAGUCUCACUUGACAAACAACCAAUAGUCAAGCCUCGUCUAUACCAAUCAAACCUGUUGGAUAUCGUAAGUGGAUACAGCAGGUACACGCUCUAAAUGCUGCUCAUUGAUCCACAUCUAAUUUAAACGUAGCUCUAUAUAAUUUGCAGCUGCAGCUUGUGUUGGUACGAGAGAUGGUGAGAGAGGAGUGAGGUGGGGUGGGGUGGGGGGAGGGAGAUAUAGGGAGGCUCAAGAGCUCAAACUGCCAUCAUAUUUACUCUGGGCUGAGCUGGGGGAUACCAAUCAUUAGCAAGUAAUAAAAAGGGAAUGAGAACUCCUCUUUGUUUGUUGUGUAUUAAAUUUAGAAUUGUUUGUUUUGCUUGGGCUUAGUCACCCGUGUAUACUGUUUUGCAGACUUCUGCAUAUCAUCUGUAUCACUCUUUCCUAUCUGGAGGUAUUAAUUGUCGUAUGAACUCUCCAACUUUGUCUCAUCAAAAUAGCUUUGUUGGGGAAAUAAAUUUCCAAAACUUUGAUA